AUGUUUUUAAGUGAGGUGUUGGGUGAGCAAUGUUUGCAAUCGUCCUUAAUACUUCCACCGGAAGAAAAGUUAGAUGUUGUUGAGACUUUCAAGAAAACUGGAGUCACAGAUGACUACUUACCAGUACCUCCGAGUGGAAAUUUAGAGCUUAUAUUAUCUUCAAAGCAAGUACCAUUAGGAGGCAUAAUUUCUCCCACUCUGUCAUAUAACUUCACUUUACCGAUAUUUCACUACUCAGGCGUCAAAAAGGGCGAGCUCUACACUAUUUUCAUGUUAGAUAUUGAUUGGCCAUCAAGAGACAACCCUAGAGAAAGAUCAUUUAUAAAUGGUAUAGUAGUUAACAAUCCCUCUGACAAUUUGUUAGGCGGUGAUUUGGUUGUUGCCUUUACUCCAGCAGUACCUGAAGUGAAUUCGGGGUAUCAUCGUUAUGUAGCGUUACUGUAUAAACAAAAUGACGUCAUUGAUGCUGACACUAUGGAUAUGUUGAAGUUGGCUCGAAUUAAGUAUCGAUUUUCUGCAGUUGACUUUGCAAGUAAAUACAACCUCGGAAAUCCGCUUGCUGGAACCAUGUUUUUCGCACGUUACGUCAGCUGUCCCUAA